UUUCUUCUGAAAAUGAAUUAUUUUGAUACCAUGUAUAAUACAUUGAUUAGAUCCAUUUAUCCAAAUUGGGAUGGGCUUCAGAAUCCGAAUUGUCUCUAUAUAAAUCCCAAUUCAUACACCGUCGUUUGCCGCUGCCAACUCAAACUGAACAAGUAACGCAUUUCAAUCACCGUCUUCUCUUCUCCUCUCAUCUCCUCCUGAAUUCCCUACAAGCUUCUUGCCUAUCUUCUCCAUUCCCACUCUCACAUUGUUCAUUCUCAAACCCAAUUCUACUCUCACUCUCUCUCUGUGUCUUUCAAUUCCAAGUUUUUCUGUAUCUUCCUUCCAAUGCAUCAUUGCUUCAAGAUUUUGUAGGAAUGUGUGAGAGUUUGAGAUACCUGCAGUUUUUGUCUGAAGUUGUAUAGGACUUUUGUUCAUUGCAUGCUGAAUUGCUGAUCAUUGGAUUUAAACAGAUAAGAACUUGGGACCAUGGCUGUAGAGGAGCAUCCUGUUGGUACUCGACUGGCGAUGAAUAAUGGAACUGGGGAGGCGGAAAUGGAUUUUUCUGGUGAGCUGCGGAUAGGGUUAGAAUUUGAUUCGGCAGAUGAUGCACUUAUGUUUUACACAUCAUAUGCUAAUCGAAUGGGAUUUAAAGUUCGGAUUGGUCAGCUUAAGCGAUCGUUAACUGAUGGGUCUGUUUCUUCUCGAAGAUUUGUUUGCUCAAAGGAGGGACACCAGGUUAAGUCAAGAACAGGCUGCCCAGCACUCAUAAGAGUACAAAUAAAUGAAUCUGGAAAGUGGGUGAUUGAUCAUUUUAAUGAGAACCACAAUCACAAUCUAGAAAUCGGAAGUGGAAACCGCGCUCUGUCGUUGCAGCAGAAUGGUGCUAUACCUAUAAAUUCUUUUCCUGGAGUACCUUCCAGGCCAAGGACAAGAUUGCUUGGAGAAGCCAAUGAUGAACCCACUUGUCCCUCUAUUAUUAGUAAUUUCAAGCGCCAAAGAAAGGAAGAACUUGAAGGACAGCCCGGGAUUGAACCAUAUAUCGGUCAAGAGUUCAAUUCACCUGAUGAAGCCUACCAAUUUUAUCAUGCAUAUGCAGCAUGUGUGGGUUUUGGGAUCCGAAUUGGUCAAUUGGUUCGUUCUAAGAAUGAUGGGUCUGUUUCUGCUCGAAGAUUCGUUUGCUCAAAAGAGGGACACCAGGUUAAGUCAAGAACAGGCUGCAAAGCACUCAUAAGAGUACAAAUAAAUGAAUCUGGAAAGUGGGUUAUUGAUCAUCUUAAUAAGAACCACAAUCACAAUCUUGAAAUUGGAAGUGGAAAUCGCACUCCGUCAUUGCAGCUGAAUGAUGCUAUACCUAUAAAUUAUUUUCCUGAAGUACCUUCCAGGCCAAGGACAAGAUUGCUUGGAGAAGCCAAUGAUGAAUUUGAAGGACAGUCCAUCACUGAACCAUAUAUCGGUCAAGAGUUCAAUUCACCUGAUGAAGCCUACCAAUUUUAUCAUGCAUAUGCAGCAUAUGUGGGUUUUGGGAUUCGAAUUGGUCAACUGUUUCGUUCUAAGAAUGAUGGGUCAAUCACAUCGCGCCGUUUUGUGUGCUCAGAAGAGGGGUUUCCGCAUCCUUCAAGACUUGUUUGUGGGGCUUAUUUAAGAAUUAAGAGACUGUCAUCAGGAAAGUGGGUAGUAGACCAUCUCGAGAAAGAUCAUAAUCAUGAUCUUGAUGCUGAAAUGGCAGGUAAGGCAAACUGUCUUCGUGCUUCUGAUAGUUUGACAGAGGAGGUAAAUACUGGACUGGUAAAAGGUGACUUAUUUAGGAUAGAUAACUAUCCUGUCCCUAGAGGAGGUAGACAAAAUCACAUAAGAAGUGAUUGGUACAACAUGCUUUUAGAUUAUUUUCAAUCAAGACAAGCAGAAGAUACAGGAUUUUUCUAUGCUAUGGAAGUUGAUAAUGGUAAUAGCAUGAGCAUAUUUUGGGCUGAUGGCAGAUCUAGAUAUUCAUGUAGUCUGUUUGGUGAUGUCCUUGUCAUAGACACAUCAUAUCGAGAAAGUGACUAUUUGGUACCAUUGGCUACUUUCGUUGGAGUUAAUCAUCACAAGCAACCUGUGCUUCUGGGAUGUGCUCUAAUUGCUGAUGAAUCUGAAGAGGCUUUCACUUGGUUGUUUCAGACUUGGCUAAGGGCAAUGUCUGGCCGACAGCCUCUGUCAGUGAUAGCUGAUCAAGACAUUGCAAUUCAGAGGGCAAUAGCGAAAGUCUUUCCCGUAACUCAUCAUCGCUUUUCAUUGUGGCAAAUUAAGGCGAAUGAACAAGUGAAUGCAGGUCUGAUGGGUGAUGGAUUUACAAAAGAUUAUGAAAAGUGUGUUUACCAGAGUCAGACAGUUGAUGAAUUUGACACCACAUGGAAUGCCUUACUCGACAAAUAUGGAUUGAAGGGCAAUGCUAGGCUAAAAGAAAUGUAUGAGAAGCGUGCAUCCUGGGUUCCAUUAUAUUUAAAGGGCUCAUUUUUUGCUGGAAUUCCCAUGAAUGGAAGCGUGGAUUCAUUCUUUGGGGCACAUUUAAAUGCCCAAACACCUCAAACAGAGUUCAUCCGAAGAUAUGAAAGAGGUAUUGAGCAACGCCGUGAGGAAGAAAGAAAAGAGGAUUUUAAUGCUUCUAAUUUUCUGCCCUUUAUACGAACAAAAGAGCCAGCAGAAGAACAAUGCAGAAGGCUUUACACCCUUGCAGUAUUCAAAAUAUUUCAAAAAGAGCUCUUGGAGUGCUAUAGUUAUCUCGGGCUUAAAACAUAUGAAGAAGGAGGCCUCAGCAGAUAUUUGGUGCAUAGGCUUGGAGAUGAUAUGAAACAGCAUGUAGUUACAUUUAAUGCAUCCAAUCUUAGCAUUAGUUGCAGCUGUCAAAUGUUUGAAUAUGAAGGUGUUCUUUGUAGACAUGCCUUGAGGGUUUUCCAAAUAUUGGAAUUAAGAGAAGUUCCUUCUCGCUACAUCUUACACCGAUGGACGAGAAAUGCUGAAGAUGGUGUUUUUCCUGACAUAGAAUCAUGGAGUAGCUCUCAGGAACUAAACAAUCUGAUGAUGUGGAGUCUAAGAGAAACUGCAUCUAAAUAUAUAGAUGCUGGCGCAACAUCCAUCGAUAAGUACAAACUUGCGUAUGAGAUAUUGCGAGAGGGUGGGAGAAAGCUAGGCUGGAACGGGUGAAUGCUUUUAAGUUCUGUGAGGCUGGACAUAGUUGGGAUCAGUUUUUGUUUUAUUUUUUUUAUCUUGAACUGUUUAUUUACAGUCACAUUUUAGCUCUUCUAAUCAAAUACCAACAUUUUUCAUC